AUGUCCACUGGCCCCGGCCCAGGAGGAGGUAGGUCAGGCCCCCCAGGCUGGGCCCAGCAGCAGGCACACGGCUCUGCUGGGCGCUGUGUCUGGUCCCCACAAAGUGCUUUUGUUCCCACCAUGCAUAUAACUCAGCUGAACCGAGAGUGUCUUUUACAUUUAUUUUCCUUCCUGGACAAGGACAGCAGGAAGAACUUGGCCAAAACGUGCUCGCAGCUGUGGGAGGUGUUUCUCGAUCCUCUGCUCUGGCCGCUGCUGCAUUUUAAUUCUCUGGCCGAACUGAAAAAGGACAACUUCCUGGUGAGCCCCGCCCUGCGCUGCCUGUCCAUCCGCUGGCACUCCAGCCAAGUCAAGGUGUGCAACGUGGAAGACUGGAUGAAAAACGCCCUGCAGAGAGGCUUCUGCAGCACUCACGAGCACCUGGCCAGGGACUUGUUAGUGAAGGUUUGCCACAGGUGCCCCAACCUCUUGUCCUUGACGCUCUCCGGCUGUGGCCACGUCACUGAUGAAUGCAUUGCAUUAUUGCUCCAGAGUUGCCCCAACCUGCAGACCCUCAAACUGGAAAACUGUGUUCGCAUCACCAACCGAACACUGACUGCUGUGACCACUCACGGGCGGGCACUGAGAACUCUUCAUGUUGAUUUCUGUCGCAACGUGAGCCAAGCGGGCCUGCGGCAGGUCCGAGAACUCUGCCCUUGGCUAGUUCUGAAAGCAGAGAGAAGUGCAGACAUGAUCCCAGACAUGCUCCCUGAAGAAAAGCUAACCCAAGAGCGAUCGGCAAGAAAACUCUUGCAACGAUAGGCAGAGUCACCUUCAGGGGCACCAGCUUUCCUCCCCUGCCGGUUCUGAAGCCAGAAACAAUUUCUCCUGUUCUUUGCAAGUCUGUGCCAGAACAGCUGCGUGACAUUCACUAUUUACCAUGUGGAAUAAGGAGCGAGGAAGAUGCCACUGUGGAUGGGGCCAA